CAUCGUGUCAACCGCUGAUAAAAACCAUGCCGUGGGAGCCCGUGGUGAUGAUCGCUGACAACUUGCGCGUCAGCAAUGACAACCGCUGACUGUAUCGAAUUGUUCGCCAUGUGUACGAAUCUCUGUAAAGUACCUCUUUCCGUUGGACGUCAAAACAGUCCAUAUAUGCUCCAUUGCCAGGCUGACAAGAAACACAGGACAUUGUCGUGGUAAAAGCUAAAAGCAUGCCAACAUCAAAAUACUUAGAUUGCAGAUGCUCCAAGUUAUAACCACCAUAAACCAACUCGAGCAGCGUGACAUGUUUAGUUGAAGAGCCGUUGUGUACUGGGUACAAGGUAAAUAUUUAUUUCCGAGAAAUACACCGAAGUCGGAAUUUAUGUACGACUUUGUAAAGCUGUACGCAACGUUGGAGCUACAUCUGUCGAAUUUUUUGCUGUCCAUUGGUUGUGUUUAAAGUAUUGGAGACACUGCGUGAAAAGAAAUCUCAACAUCGGAAACCGGUAUAUCUAUGCAGUGAGACAGAGAGAUAAUAAUGGCGUCGUGGAGUGCAUACCAGACUGAAAGUGAAGAAGAAGCUUUAGCAAAGGCGAUGCAACUUUCGCUUAUGGGAGAUGAAAAAUCGUUGAGAAAAGAAGAGUUCCAGGUGCAACGCAGUGAAGAGACACCAGAUGGCAAACAACCAUCGAGAGAAGCCCCUUUGUCACCCUCGUCUACUUAUCAAAGACAACUCCGGAGAGAGGAGGUGCACCUUGUACAAAGCGCUCCCGGAGGUGGGACUCGACGAAGUGCAGGUCACUCAGCUGGAGCAAUCCCACUCUGUCUUCCUAACAACUAUCAGUGGAACUCUAGAAUUCGACAAUGCGUUAAGACAGAAGAGAAGCGUUCUUCGCUGUAUUUUGUUGAAGAAACCCUUCAGGAGUUGAGGAAAGUAAAAGGCCCAGUGUGCACUGUGUCCAUCGCUGGUCCGUACAGAAAAGGAAAGUCUUACAUUUUAAGCCAAAUCUUUGAUCAACCAGAGGUAUUCCCACUUGGGCACAAAAUGGUGGCGGAGACCAUGGGAAUCUGGAUGUGGAUUGUGCCGGAGAAAUAUAAGGAUACACGGGGCAGGGAGAUUACAGUGGUGCUGUUGGAUUCAGAGGGGAUUGACGCUGCUUCCGGUGCAGGCCGUGACGAUAAUCAGAUAUUUACCUUAACCGUUCUUUUGGCCUCCAUACUUAUUUAUAACUCUAGCGGUGUCCCCACAAGGCGUGAUCUUGAGGGCCUAGACUUUAUCUCAAAGCUUUCUGGACGAAUUCACGCCCCAUCUGAUGAAAGAGUGGAGUCUGGCACUCAUAUGAUUGACUUUGUACUGCACAUUAUUUUCCUAGAAUGUAAGUCUGAUAUACGAUUAUCAAUUGAUGGUUGCUUUAUCAAGGUUUUCCGCGACGAGGAUUCUGGGAGUGGGAGUCAACACAGCCGGCAGGUAGCUGAAGGCAUCUUAGGAUUCUUUCCUGGUUUUGAAGCGUUUUCCCUGCCUCUACCUACGGCUGAUGAAGAGAUAAUGAGAACCAUCAGCGUGAAUAAGGAUCAGCUACAGACAAAAUUUUUGCGCCAGUUAGAGGACUUUAAACGCUUGGUAAAGUCCAUACUGGUUCCAAAACACAGCUACACAGAAGGAGAGCUUGUAACUGGUGAAGGUCUUGCCGCUUUGGUGACCCAGUAUGUUGAUGCAAUCAACACCCCUGGUUUUGUUCCAAACGUACAAGGAGCGUGGGACCUGUUUGUAGAAACCAAAUGUUUUGAAACUAAAAAAACCUGCGAGAGAAAAUAUUGUGAGGUUUUGACCUUACUACUGUCUGAAAUACUGCCUUGUGAUAACGAUGAAAUACGGGCGUAUCACAACUCUGCACUGGAGGAAACUGAGGAGCUUUUCUUGGUGGAAAUGAUCGGCAUUUCAACAAACACAGUAGAGAAGCAACUAAGGCAACUUAAGUUGUCCUUAAACCGACAGUUGGACGAGUGGCAGACUAAGAAUUCAAAAUUAACGAAAGAAGGCUGCGAAAAUCUUCUGUUAGAACUAAAGAAAAAGCACUUAGACCCAAUCAUUGAGCAACUGGAAGGAAGAGAUGGUUCAAAAUUAGCAUUUGAUGACAUCCUAAGAGUUUACCGGCACAUCAAAGAUGACUACGAUGCAAAAGCAAAGGGCGCCAAAGAUGUCAUUGCUGCUGCGUUCGCUGACUUUCACCCUAAAAUAGCAGCGGAAACUAAGCAAUACAUCGGUAUCCUAAGGCAACUUAAGGAUUUUGACGAACAUGCAGCGAGAGACAAGGCAGCCGAAGCUUACAGAGAGAGGGAAAGGAGACGACUUGAGGAAGAGCGGAUGCGCUUAGAGCAAGAAAAUCAAGAACAAGAGAAGGAGAUGAAAAUGCUGAUUACCAGAUUAGAAGAGGAAAGAGCUGGAAUGCUAGAGAAAAUGGGAAAUGAAAUGGAACAAGAGAAAGAACAAUUGCAGAAUAUGAGGGAAGCAGGCUUAGGGGAAGCCAAACUUAAACGAGAGGCUUUCAUUGAAGAAAACCAUGCCCUAGAAGAACGGUUACUGGAAAUGCAAGAGAAAAACGAGGAGCAUAUGAAAAUGAUGAAGAGGUUGUCAGAAAUGAUCGCCAAACAUCAAAGAGAGAAAAUAGAGCUUCGUGAACAACUGAAAGAACUUCCUCAGGAAGAGAUCGAAGAGUCCUUGAAGGAGCUGAUAAGAAAGCAAUCAGAAGAGGAAAAUGAACUCCUGAAGAAGAUGGAUAUUUGUGCGGACGACAACCAAGGGGAAGUUCCUCAGAUGAUGGCCUCGAGGGCUCAAAUGGUCGCCGAUAUAAAGAAGAGGAUGGAAGAGAACGAAGAGGAACAAGAAUCUCUCGUAAGGAUAGUUCUUCGUGGUAUUGCAAAAGUUGGUCCAACGGCUGGUAAAUUAAUAGCCUUGUAUCCUCCAGCGGCGCCUUAUGCUGAAAAAGUCGCCGACGGCAUUGCGGGUGUUGCUGGAGCUUUGUCGGAGGUUGAAUGUGUUAUCAUGUGAGAAGAGCAAUGCAGUUCUUUCCGGACAUGAACCGAAUGAAUGUUUUCAGUUUUUAAUACACAUUGUUUUAAAUAACCGUACUAAUCACCACUUUAGAUAAGGCAUAGCUGAUAUGGAGAGGAUCCUUACACCUUUUCCUGUCUUUUCUAACAGAGGGCUUUCAUCUGUAAAGGAGGAACCCUCUUCUGUUGCAAGUUACCUUUGUGAAGCAAUGUUUAAUCAGAUUCAGUUGUAUAACAGCGGAACGUAAUUGACACAAUUUUUUAAUUGCAGGACACUUUGCAACGGCAACUAAACUCGAGUAAGUGAAAUCACAACAAAGAUUGCAUUUUGAUUUUUUUAUCGACUAACUCACAUUUCUUGCACCUUAACCAUUCCCGAAAGAUUUGAGAAAAAAAGAAAAAGAAAUACCCUUCUAUUCGUUUUACUUGUGAUACUCUGGUGUAUCUUGAGACUAAGUUAAAGCCGCAUCCUUUGAAAAUGAAGAAACAAUUAUCCCUUAAGAUCAUGAAGCCCCUGCUUAUGUUAGUCGCGUAAGUCGCCCACUGUUCCUAGGCCCAUCUUCAUGAAAAUAUAUCGAGAACCAACCGAAA